AUGGCCUCCGUCCGCGUGAGCAACUCCAUGCUGAGGGCUUCCCUCCGUACCCCUGCCUUCACUGGCCGGGCUACUGGCUACAACGCGGUCCGCAGCUAUUCUGCUAAGACACAGACCCUCAAGGAGCGCUUCGCUGAGCUUCUCCCCGAGAAGCAGGAGCAGGUCAAGGCUCUGCGCAAGGAGCACGGCUCCAAGGUCGUCGACAAGGUCACCCUGGACCAGGUCUACGGUGGCGCCCGUGGCAUCAAGUGCCUCGUCUGGGAGGGUUCCGUCCUCGACUCUGAGGAGGGCAUCCGCUUCCGCGGCAAGACCAUCCCCGAGUGCCAGGAGCUUCUCCCCAAGGCCCCCGGUGGCAAGGAGCCCCUGCCCGAGGGUCUCUUCUGGCUUCUCCUGACCGGCGAGGUCCCUACCGAGCAGCAGGUCCGCGCCCUGUCCGCCGAGUGGGCGGCCCGCUCCGACAUCCCCAAGUUCGUCGAGGAGCUCAUCGACCACUGCCCUACCGACCUCCACCCCAUGGCCCAGUUCUCGCUGGCCGUCAACGCGCUCGAGCACACCUCGUCGUUCGCCAAGGCCUACGCCAAGGGCAUCAACAAGAAGGAGUACUGGAGCUACACCUUUGAGGACUCGAUGGACCUCAUCGCCAAGCUGCCCAACAUUGCCUCGCGCAUCUACCAGAACGUCUUCAAGGGCGGCAAGGUGGCCCCCAUCCAGAAGGACCAGGACUACUCCUUCAACUUUGCCAACCAGCUCGGCUUUGGCGACAACAAGGACUUUGUCGAGCUCCUCCGUCUCUACCUGACCAUCCACACCGACCACGAGGGUGGCAACGUCUCUGCCCACACCACCCACCUGGUCGGCAGCGCCCUCAGCUCCCCCUUCCUGUCCCUCGCCGCCGGUCUGAACGGUCUGGCCGGUCCCCUGCACGGCCUGGCCAACCAGGAGGUGCUCAACUGGCUCGAGGAGAUGAAGAAGUCUGUUGGCGAUGACCUCAGCGACAAGUCCAUCACCGACUACCUGUGGUCGACCCUCAACUCGGGCCGCGUCGUCCCCGGCUACGGCCACGCCGUCCUCCGCAAGACGGACCCCCGCUACAUGGCCCAGCGCAAGUUCGCCCAGGAGAAGAUGCCCAACGACCCCAUGUUCCAGCUCGUCAGCCAGGUCUACAAGAUCGCCCCCGGCGUCCUCACCGAGCACGGCAAGACCAAGAACCCCUUCCCCAACGUCGACGCCCACUCUGGUGUCCUCCUGCAGCACUACGGUCUCACCGAGGCCAACUACUACACCGUGCUCUUUGGUGUCUCGCGCGCCAUUGGUGUCCUUCCCCAGCUCAUCAUUGACCGUGCCCUCGGUGCCCCCAUUGAGCGCCCCAAGUCCUUCUCCACCGACAAGUGGGCUGAGCUCGUCAAGAAGCUGUAA